AGCCAUUUGGAAAGAAAGCCCGAUCGCUUCCACACACGGGGCUGUGAUUGAGUGCGGAGCUCCGUUAUUACAGCAGUGAUGGGGAAGAAGACUCGAGCAGGCACCGGCAGGAGAACCAUAUUACAGCUUUCACCGCCAGGACCGAACCGCAGCGCCACAGGAACUGCUCGAGAGGACGGGGCCGCUUCUGGAUCUGAAGACGAAACCGAUGGAAACACUGAUGGGCAGAGAGAAGCAAACGUUAAUGUAGUCAUGAAGACACCAGCUGUGAAGGCCACACAGGGUUUAUCUCUACUUGGAGCUUAUGAAGACAGCGAAGAUGAAGAUGCAGUGGAAAACGCCUCUAAAGCAAAACAUAACCAGUCUGGAGACAUUGAUAGCACACUUGCCAAUUUUAUGGCGGAAAUUGAUGCCAUUACAACCCAACCAACGGAUGAAUCUGGUACCGAGCCGAGUGCACCAGUCCCAACUCCACCUCGUCCCGAACCCAAAACAGACCCUCAGGCUCAAAACGGACCUGCACAAGAAUUUCAAUACAACACGCAAUAUUCCCUCGCCGGAGCUGGGUUGGAGAUGGGGGAUUGGCAGGAGGUAUGGGAUGAAAAUACUGGCUGUUACUACUAUUGGAAUACUCAGACCAAUGAGGUGGCCUGGGAACUCCCGCAUUACCUGGCAGACCAGAUGCAGAAUCUACAUUACUCUGGCAGCUCAUCUGUAAAUGGCAAUGGUGUGGCUCAUAGCAGUUAUCCUGAACCGCAAUCCACUGCGGUUGCUCCUGCUGCUAAGAGAGAGCUCAAAAAGAAGGAUGUAAUCGAGAGUGUUGUGGCUUUGACCAGCGAGGAAGAAGAGCGGAGAGGGGUGGCAGCUACUCUCCUCGCACCUCUCAUCCCAGAGGAGGUAAAGGAGGCAGAGGAGAAGUGGCGAAAGAAGACGCUGGGCAUGGAGGAGACCCCAGAGGCCGCCCCGGAGCAAGAGAAAGACACCAUUCCGUUUUUAGACUCGCCGGCGAUCCGGGACACUGAGAGUCAGAAUAACCAACGCAGCAGGAACCAGUCAGCUGAAUCUUCUGACCAGGAGGAGGAAGAACAAGAAGAAGACACCAUGGAACUGGAACUGGCACUCGAGAGGAAAAAAGCUGAGCUUCGUGCCUUGGAAGAAGGUGAUGCCAGUGCGGGUGGGUCGAGUCCCUGCUCUGAAGCCAGUCAGGAUGGGCCCCGUACUUUACUUCUGAAGAAAAACAAAUGGAAGACUGCUUUCCUCCGUGCACCAAGUCCUGACUCGAGCAGUCGGGGCUCAGACAAGGCAGGAUGGGCCACUCCAGAGCAAUCAGACACUGCACAUUCCAAACCAGCUGAGAAGCAAGGAGAAGAUGAUGAAAAUGAGAAGCCUGUAUCCAAAGCUCUUCAAAAGGAAGAAGAGGACCUCAAGUUUCAGAUCGGAGAGCUUGCCAACACACUCACCAGCAAAAUGGAGUUCUUGGGAAUUGACAAAAAAGCCAUCUCGAACUUUCAGCUUCUGUUGCUGCAAACGGAGACACGGAUCGCAGACUGGCGAGAGGGCGCUCUGAAUGGAAGCUAUCUCCGACGCAGGCUGCAGGAAGCCGCCGAGCACAUAAAACAUUACGAACUUAACGCCACUCCCAAAGGCUGGUCCUGCCACUGGGACAGAGAGCACAGACGGUACUUCUACAUGAACGAGAGGACCAGCGCUUCCCAGUGGGAGUUUCCAGUUGGGGGGGAGGAAGAAGAAGCCAAGCCGCCUUUGCCUUCUGCAACUGCGCACGGAGAUAGUAGCCAACCAUCUGCUGAAACCACUGGUGUUGUAACAGGAGAUGUGCAGUCUUAUUGGAUGGUUCCCCCACCUCCUCAGCCACCACUACCUCCGCUUCCUCCAGAGCAUCCGCCGCCUCCACCUACAGAACAACCACCACCACCCCCUCCACCACCCGAAUCUCCUCCUCCACCACCUCCACCACCCCUCGAGGAUGACGGAGAGAUCGAGGAAGUGGAGAUGGAGGAUGAAGAGUCAGAGCCUCCAGCUCCUGGAACAGAAGAGUUCAAGGCUGCUGAGGCUGCAGCUUUAGGACUUGCUGCUAGAGCCCAGAAACGCAAGGCCCUGGGCUCAGUCCCAUUGCCCAGCAUGGCCACCAUCGGCAGCAGCCCCAUUCUUUACACUCAGACCAUUGCCACGCCUGCUCCACUUCUAGUAGGCAGUGCUUACUGGGGGAUGACAGCAGCCAUUGCGCCUCCUCUGCCUACAGAGAGCAUAGUUCCACCAAUGCCAGCCCUGCCACCACAACCACCCCCUCCUGUUUCACAGCCUCCCCCUCCCCUGGAACCAAUAAGCAAAGUCCUCACAGAUAAAACAAAGAAAUUAAAGAAAGAAAAGGCAAAGAAGAGCAAGACAAAGAUGCCGUCACUUGUAAAGAAGUGGCAAAGCAUUCAGAAAGAGCUUGAUGAGGAAGAAAAGUCAAGUUCAAGCGAUGAAGAUCGAGAUCAGCUGAACAACAGACGCAUCGAAGAAUGGAAACAACAACAGCUUUCAACAGGGAAAGCUGGGAAGAACGCAAACUUUGAAGCGCUGCCUGACGACUGGAGGGAAAGAUUGUUAAAGAAAAGAAAGAUGAUGCAGAGUUCAUAACAUUGGUCCUGGAAAAACUAGAGCCUCUGGCAGGGCUGGACUGAACUGCAUUGUGCUGUCGUGUCACUCUUACCAAGUUUAAGAGGACAAAUUUGAACGAAUGUUUCUUUCUUUUUUUUUUUUUUUUAAUACGGACACAUUGCCCAUUGGAGCCUAUUUUAGGCCCACUUCAUUUUGUUCUAUUAAAAUGCAUCAUCUUGUGACUAAACAUAUACUUUGUUAGGGGUUGUUGUAAAAUUAUUUUGCAUUUAACAGCCUUUAAUAUUCAGGCGUUCUCUUAAAGGUGCAGUGAACCUGAAACCAGUUAAAAUAUGUACAGAAUAUUAUUAUUUUUUUUUUUAGUAACUCAAACUACAGAAGCUGUGCGCGAUUUAUCUUUAAAUUAAACCGUAAUGAAAACAAUAUUAAAGGACUGUCCAUUACUUCAGUUUCUCCUACAUUUUGUAAAUGCGUGCAAAGGGUAUACAGUGAGCUCAGUACUACAGUGACAUCAGACAGUGCAUUAAAUAUUUUAUACGCCAUGCUUAACUAUACAUUUAUCUUUUUAUACAAACAGAAAGAUCAAUCUUUAUCAGAUCAGCUGACCACUGUUCAGAGCCAUGCUUCCAAAUUAAUAGUUCAGACUUCCAUGUUGGCCACUCAAUCGCACUUUAAGGUUUGCUUCAUAUGUGAACCAAUGAUCUCCCCCCACCAACGAUAUUCUGUGAGGGUCAACUCAAUUGUAUCCGCUUUCUUUUCUCUUCAAUAAUGGCUCCGGUUCAUAAAUACAGUAUGUCUUUUAAAUUUUGUGACGUUCAGUGUAAAUGUUUCCUGAGCUGGGCAUUGACAAGCCAUUGAACUUUUUUCUACACUGUAGAUAAUAAACUCUUUUCCACAAA